CUGUACUUGUAUUUAUGCUACUCUUAUUGUAUCCAGAAUCUUGUUUUUAUUAAAUAUUUUAUAUUUUUUUUUUCUUGCUCUAAAACAAAUAGAUAUCAAAUUAUCAUAUAUAUGAAAUUACUUCACUCUAAUUCUCUGUUCCUCUAUUUCAGUCGCCGACGACACAAAUUGGGUGAGUAUCGAUUGCGGGAACGACGAUAUUUUUCUCGACAGCCAACUCGUUCUAUGGGAAACCGACGAUCAAUACACCAACUCCGGCAUCAACAAACGGCUUCAAUUGAAUCAACCGCUCAAAAUCAUGGACACUCUACGAUCCUUCCCUUCCUCAGCAUCCAAACAAAAUUGCUACAAGUUACCAAUUUUCAAACAGAAAUUACGUUACCUCGUCAAAUCAGGCUUCCUCUACGGCGACUACGACGCCCUAAAUCGUCCCCCGACGUUCGAUCUUCACAUCGACGGCAAGAAACUGUCGACGAUCAAAAUUUCAGCGGCGGAAGAGAUGAUAAUCGAUGAAUUAGUUUACGCUUCGAAGGAAUCUGGAGCUAUGAAUCUUUGUUUCGUGGAGAAGAAAGACAGCGGUGUUCCUUUCGUCUCUUCGAUUCAAGUCGUUCCGGCGGACGGCGGUUUGUAUUCGAAGAUGCAAUUGAAUGAAACCUUUCGCCUCGUGGCUCGACUCAACUUUGGGGAAAACCAAAAAUGGGCUCGCAAGUUUUCAAUUGACGAUAAAUACGAGAGGCUGUGGACUUCCACGACUCCGGCAAACUGUAACAUCGUAUCAACCAAUAUUGAUUACAAUUCACCGGAAAAUAAUCCUCCACGGUUUGUGAUGGAGAACGCCAUCGAAUCCGACGUCGUUUCUUCUCCGAUAAUCCUGACCGUCGAUCUCCCUCAAUCCUCGUCGCAACCACAAUCAACUUACUUCGUGUUCUAUUUCACCGAAAAACUUAUGGGUUUUAGCAACCAUAGUAGAACCAUGAACAUUCUCAUCAACGGCCAGAAAAUGUCCACCGUUACGACGGAUCCUAACAAGUGUACGGUGAUUACGUUGUAUCCGGUUUCUGUUAUAGGGUCGACGGUGAAUGUUACCCUCGCAUCUGCUAGUUCCACCGACUUGCCACCGUUGAUCAAUGCAAUGGAGGUUUUUAGUAGGAUUUCCAUGGGCGGCGACAGUGGCGGUAUAGGCGGCAGCGAUCCAACGGUGCACUUUAAUUACAUGUCCUUUGUUUUGAUGUUUAGUGCCUAUGUUUUGGUUUUUACCACUUUACUAAGUUAAUUAUCAACCCAUAAUGGUGUGUAUUAUGUGGACGUAAUUAUUGUUGUCUACUUACCAUAUGAAACCCACCAUAUGAA